AUGGAUGAGAUAUACAAAAAGCUGGCCGAAGCAGGUCAGCUCGCGACCAACGCUGGUGAGCUGGCGCUUGAAUUCGAUAACAGCGCUCGUGCCUGCGAUACGUACGAGGUCUGGGCCCACAACGACAGCGGAAAGGUUGUGCAGCGCUUUCCCAAGAUCGAGUCUGCCAAGGUGCCAGAUUGGCUGGAAAAUGGCGGCGGCACGGACGCCAACCCGGGCCACACGCUGCUCCUUCGGCUUGUGCUAGUCACCAUCCAGACGGCGUGCAACACAAAGAAAAAGACUGUGAGCAUCGCCAAAGAAACCCACAGUCAGCUCCUCAAGGCUUUCGGGUUGAAGCUUGCCAAUGAGUUCUUGAAGGGUACCAUCACGAGCGUCACCGCGUUUCCCAACGUCAAAGUGGCACCAGACGCAGAACUUCGCUGCUAUUCCUUUAACCAUGCGCCCAAACUGGCUGCCAUCUGGUCGCAGGUGCGCUACACGGGCGACGCGGCACAUGGCAAGCAGGCGCCGACCCAAGGCAUCAUAUACAUGACGGAAGAUCGUGGAACGAGAGACACGGCCACCCACAGACCCGUCGAGAAACCUGCCACGGCGGGCUUCACGCCAGGCAACAUGCUCCGAAAGCUGCUGGAUUCGCCCUUUUGCGCCAAUCUAUACUUGAACAGCAUGGCCCCCGCGUUACUCUUGGCCAUGCAGCUCGGAUUUGAAAUUGAUGUGACGCAAAGCCGCAUCAAAAUCGCCAUCAGCGACAUCGAAACGAAAACAGGCUACCACACGUUCCGAAGCAGGGCGACAGGGUCCACGACGGCUGACCAGCUCGGCCUGUUGGCUGUCCAAGCUAGCGGGUCAGCCAGCAAGCUCGCCAGCGUCGACAGAAAGAGCACUUCUAUCCAAAAGGUCUUACACUUCAUCACCAAGGAGCUGGAUAAGCAAGGCUUCGCCAAGACUGGCGGUGCAGCGCUCAAUGCCCAGGAGCUGCUGCGGCAUCACGUUGACGUGCUCGAACAGAGGCUUGAGAUGCAGGUUCUGAAUACGCGGUACACCAUGAAGCGCGUGGAUAUCCAAAUCAAUGCCAUUUUCAACAUUAUAACGCAGGAGGACAGCCUGAACAGUCAACAAAUCGCCCACGCGAGCUACCGCGACUCGUCGUCCAUGAAGACACUCGCCAUUGUCACCAUGUUCUUCCUCCCUGGAAGCUUUGUCUCGGCCAUGUUUUCCAUGCCCAUGUUUGAAUGGACCAAGGCGGACCCUGAUUCUCCAUCCAUCGGUGUCGGCACGCUGCCGCAGUUUAGCCUCUACUGGGUCAUCACGCUGCCACUCACGAUGGUCACGUUUUGUCUCUACUUUAUGUGGCUGCUGUACUUGAAGCGUGGAAGAGAUCGCGAGUUCAUUACCAUCCUCCGCAAGGGCAGGGAUAGUAGCGACGGCGAGGAAGGGGCGGAAGUUAUCGACGAGCGCCGCCUAGCGUGGAAGAGACGCCAAACCACGCUGUAG